AUGGAGACGGACGGGACUUCCUUCCGCUCGCUCAUGCUCCGAUAUUUGAGAGUUGGGCCAAACUUGGUUUUGCCAAUGAUUGUUUAUACUUCCAGAAGCAAUCAGAUGUGGUUCACAGACGCAAUCUUUCAGCAACUAUUGACAGUCCUCGCAGACAUCAUUCGAACAUCAAUGAGCAACAAGGACUCUAUAAAAAGAGAUGUUGGAAGGAGUGUUGGAGAAUACGUCCGGAAUUCAGUCUUUCAGAUGAUUUAUACAUUCAGACCAACAGAAACUCGACAUCAUCUCCUACUACGAGAUACAGGAACAUACAAGGGAUAUACAGUGUAUUCAUACACCUUGAUGCUGCUCAUUGAACCUCCAAAUCGAGAUGGUCUGCUACCAGACUUUUUCGGAUUGGUGGAUUCCGUAAGAGGUGUAGAAGUCUCAGGCACAAUCACUACAAAAGAGUUGGAAGCGAGGAAUGAAAACAUAAAGAGGCUGAUCCCUGGGACUGGCGAAGCUUCUUCGUCCACAAACUUUGACUAG